AUGUGGUGUCGCAGCCUCUUCCGCCUCGUCGCCUCCGCCGCGGCGGCCUUGCAGAGCCGCUGCUACGGGCUCCUCUCCAUUCUCAACGAGAAGCGGAUCGUGUGCAUCAGCGGUCCCAUCACUGACGACACCGCGUGCACUGUGCUGUUGAAGCUCCUCUCUCUUGCGAAAAAUAGUCGUACGAAGCCGGUGCACCUGUUGAUCAACUCCCCUGGGGGAAUUGUCUCCGCGGGGCUUGCCAUUUACGACACCAUUCAGAGCAUCCCUACUCCGGUGGCCACGCUAUGUCUUGGUGAGGCUGCAUCCAUGGCCUCGCUCCUCCUCACCGCGGGCGCUCCUAGCCAGCGCCGUGCCCUUCCCAACUCCCGCAUAAUGAUCCACCAGCCCUCCGGUGGGUUUUUGGGCCAGGCGUCUGACAAAGCGAUUCAUGCCAAAGAGAUCCUCAAACUCCGCGAGCGCUUCUACGCCAUCUACGUGAGAACUGCCCUAUCGCGACUGAUGUUUCUGGCGGAGGAGGCGGCUGCGGCGGCAGCGGCGGGGGGAAGCAUGAGAUAG